ACCCAAUGGCCCUCUCCCCAGCAAUGUAUAUAAGCGUCGAGACACCGUGGCAAGAGAAUCGAGAGUCAGCCACUUAAUCAACAUGCCCCAUUCCUUCGCGUUCGUCGCUCUCUUCGGCCUCGUUGCCGCUGCCUCUGCUGGAGGUCUUUUGGCCGGACACGGCUUCGGCUAUGCGGGACACGGAUUUGCUCCCAUCGCCCCCCUGGCUGUGCAGACCGCCCCCAUCGUUGCACCCGUCGCUGUUCACGCCGGUUAUGCGCGUGCUCACAGCUACUCGUCGGCCAUUAACCACGGAGCCAUCGUUGGAAAGACCGUUCAUGCUCUCGCCUACGCAGCUCCCCUUGCUUCUUACGGCCACGGAAUCGGCCUUGCUCACGGGUACGGCGGAUUCGGAUACGGAGCUAAGCUCUGGUAAACUCGUAACGAACUAAAGGCGUAAUGUUGUAUGCCUUACCUUCGUGCCAUGAGCCGUUACUGUUGUCCGUCAACGAACCAAAGAAUAAAUUGUGGACAUGUAAAGGUCACUUGUGUGUUUCGUUCAAUUCAGCCACAAGUCAA